GUGAUACUAUCGACAGAAGUGUCAUCACCAUCUGGUUGUAGCACUCAUAAUAUUUUCGAAUUUUUUUGUCGAAAUUGUUGAGGAAAACAAAUUAUAUAAAGCGCAGGAAGUGAUGGCGACACGCGUGGUGGCAACGGCGACAGUGCGUGCAGUCAAGGGACGCAAACUGAUUCCAACGCGAGCCGCUCUGACCCUGACUCAGGCAGCGGUGCUGCGCAUCAAGACUCUGCUGCAGGACAAACCGGAUAUGGUCGGUUUAAAAGUUGGCGUCCGACAGCGAGGAUGUAAUGGUCUGUCUUAUACGCUUGACUACGCCAGCCAAAAAGCAGAUAAGUUGGAUGAGGAGGUGGUUCAGGAUGGCGUCAAGGUCUUUAUCGACAAGAAAGCGCAACUCUCGCUACUAGGCACUGAAAUGGACUUUGUGGAAACGAAGCUGUCCAGCGAGUUCGUGUUUAACAAUCCGAACAUCAAGGGCACUUGCGGCUGCGGCGAAUCGUUCAGCAUGUAAACCGACGGAGAUCCGCCGGCACCCGCCUCGCAGACCUAAAUUAACCAAGUUAAAUGCAGUACGCGGCCUGACCUAGUAACUCUCAUUUCUGUGUUGGCAAAAGCACCGCAUCCUAUGUAAAUUUUACUACGCAAACGAAUUCUAAAUGUUAAGUUGUGUUUUAUAGUUAAAUUUUUAGUUGUAGCGCUAGGUAAGUGACCCAACCCGCUUCCUGGCCGCAGGCUGGCAGUUUGUCCUUAGCCCUAGUUGAAUAUAUAGACAAAGGAAAGUUCUAUAAAA